CCUCAUUUAGUGAUGACCAUUAUCGUGCCAAUUGGAGGACAACUUGCUGACUACAUGAGAACACAUAAUAUAAUGACCACAACGAAUGUCCGUAAACUCAUGAACUGUGGAGGGUUUGGAAUGGAAGCCACUCUACUCUUGGUUGUUGGUUUCUCACAUACCAAAGUCAUAGCUAUUUCUUUCCUUGUACUGGCGGUUGGUUUCAGUGGAUUUGCAAUUUCAGGGUUUAAUGUGAAUCAUCUUGACAUUGCUCCACGUUAUGCCAGCAUCUUGAUGGGAAUCUCCAAUGGAGUGGGAACUUUGUCAGGAAUGGUGUGUCCUCUCAUAGUUGGAGCCAUGACCAAACAUAAGACACGUGAAGAGUGGCAGUAUGUCUUCCUCAUUGCAGCACUGGUGCAUUAUGGGGGUGUGAUCUUUUAUGGGAUCUUUGCGUCAGGUGAGAAGCAGCCAUGGGCGGAUGCUGAGAAUACCAGUGAGGAGAAGUGUGGCAUUCUGGGAGAGGACGAACUGGCCAAUGAAACGGAAGAGCUGUACAGGACUGGAGGACAGUAUGGAGCUAUAAACAAUCCCCAUGCUGGUGGUCCGAAUGGAGGAGGUGCUGGGGCAGGAUGGGUAUCAGAUUGGGAUAAAACAGAAGAAUAUGUUCAACCAGUCGGGACAAAUAGUUAUUUAUAUGGCGGAGAGGGAGAGAUAGAGCUCACAUAGUGGGAAGAAACAGAGUCUAUAUCUAAGAGUUAAAGGAAUAAAGAUCAAUUCGGAGUAAAUAAAUAGAGAGAGUGAGUGAAUGUGUGAGUGUGUGAAUAAGCAACAGAGCAAAUGAGUUUCCAACCUGAUGAUCAGAUUAUGUGAUGGUUGUUCUAUAAACAUACCCACUGUAGUGUGUGUGUGUGUGUGUGUGUGUGUGUGUGU